AAUCUAUACCGCUGAUAAUGAAAAUCUGACCCGCGGCAUUUCGACGGUGCGCCACUUCCUGCAAAUGUUCCGAAAGUUAAUUUUCGAGCCCAAUAAGCUUUUUCAGAAUGUUAAGUGCGUUCGCACUUUGAAAGUUCAUGAAUAUUCGGCAAUGGAGUUGUUAAAAAAGUACGAAAUACCUGUUCCAAAGUUUGUAGUUGUUCGGAAUGUGGAUGAGGUCAGAGCUACUUGUAAAGAAUUCGGCAUUUUACCUGAAAGGGAAUUAGAAAAUUCAGGUGAGACUACAGAGAGCACAGAUAUGGUGUUGAAAGCACAAGUGUUAGCUGGUGGCCGUGGUAAAGGUAUUUGGGAUAGCGGAUUAAAAGGUGGAGUUAAAAUUGUAUACAAUGUAGAAGAAGCCGUAAAUGUGGCUAAUCACAUGCUUGGUCAUCGAAUCUACACUGCACAAACCGGUGACACCGGCCAAUUAUGCAAUACAUUAUUAGCAUGUGAACGUAAAUAUUCUCGACGUGAACAUUAUCUAGCUAUUGUCCUAGAUCGUUCUAGUGGUGGACCAGUAAUGAUUGGUUGUCAACAGGGUGGUGUAAAUAUUGAAGAUAUAGCACGUGAUAACCCAGAUGCUUUAAUUAAAAUUCCAGUUGAUAUUAACAAAGGUUUAAAUAAAAAAGAUGCUUUAUUUAUGGCGCAUAAAUUAGGUUUUACACAUCCAGAUGAAGCAGUUGUAUACAUUGAACGACUUUAUAAACUCUUUGAUUCAUCCGAUUGUACACUGUUAGAAAUUAAUCCAAUUUCUCAAGAUAUAAAUGGAAAAGUUGUUUGUAUGGAUUGUAAAAUGAAUUUCGAUGAUAAUGCUGCAUUUCGACAGAAAGAGAUUUUUGCACAACGUGAUUGGUCACAAGAAGAUGAACGUGAUGUAAAAGCAUCAAAGGCUGGAUUAAAUUAUAUUGGUUUAGAUGGAAAUAUUGGUUGUUUAGUUAACGGAGCUGGUUUAGCUAUGGCUACUAUGGAUUUAAUUCAAUUGCAUGGUGGUAAUCCAGCGAAUUUUCUUGAUAUUGGCGGUGGAGCGACAGCUGCUCAAGUGACUGAAGCUUUUCGUUUAAUCGUAUCUGAUUCGAAGGUCAAUGCUAUACUAGUAAAUAUUUUCGGUGGUAUUAUGCGUUGUGAUGUGAUUGCACAAGGUAUUGUAACAGCUGCUACAGAAUUAAACAUAAAAGUACCAAUUGUUGUACGACUUCAAGGGACUAGAGUUGAAGACGCUAAAGCAAUUCUUGCUACAAGUCAUAUGAAAAUUCUAGGUUGUAGUGAUUUAGAUGAAGCUGCUCAAAUGUCUGUUAAACUCGCUAAUAUUGUUCAUUUGGCUCGUGAAGCUGCUAUAAAUGUGAAAUUCGAACUGCCUUAUUAAUUAAUCAUGUGAUUAUAGUAAUAUUAUUACAAUAAGCAAAGAUGAAUAGUUCGAAGGAAUGGGGACAUCACGUUAUAUUGAAUGGUGAUGAAUCCAGUAGUUCGGUUUAUACUAUUAUUAUUAUCGUUAUUACUAUUAUUAUUAUUAUUAUUAUUAU